AUGUUUGUGGCUGAAAAGUGGCGCAUUCCUGAAUCUUUACUUUUGCUCCAGAAUUUUGAAUCAGAAAGCGCAUGGUUUUCUCGAGCUGCGAGCAAAUUAUCUGAAAGAUUUGGUAACGAGAGGCCCAAUAAUUUUUUCAAUGAUAAAUCUUGUAAGGAGGAGUUUGAUAGAAUUCUUUCUAGCAGCCAUCCUGAACAUUUCUUAAGGAAAAAGGGCGAAAAAUAUUCACAAAAGGAAUUGGUAAAAGCUUGGAUUGAUUUUAUGCAGAAACAACUGCGAGAAGAUUUGGUACGAGAAGGAGAGUUAUUGCUGAUCAAAUUACGUGAAAAAGCGAAUCUUUUCAAUCGAUUGUUUGCUGAUGAUUGCAGUAUGACCGAGGAGGAAAUUAAACGUUUAUUGGAUCAGGCAAGAGAGGAAGAUAGUAAGCGUGAUCAAGAAAUUGUUAGACAUGAGGUUGAAAUUGGUACUAAACGAAUUCAAGAAAUUCAACAGCUUCACAAGGAUGACCCUAAAAAACAUCCUCCGCCAAGAAUUCAUAUUCCUCCAUCACGUCCUAUUGAGAAUGAAACUGGCAAUCCACUUUCACCCAUUAAAUCUCUUUUUGAGGGAUUAAAUUCUUCAUUGCGAUCAUCAGCGCAAUCAGCGCAAUCAUCAGCUUCUCCAAUUUCAUCGGAUGAUUUGGGCAUAAUUGAUAAAGAGCCGAGAGGAAGGCGUCGUAAUUCACGCGCUGUUAAUGGAUCUGGUGCUGAUAUUGUGGCGAAUUUGCAACCAGAUACGUCAGCCCAUUCUUCUCGAAUUUCUGAUGAGGCUUCUUUGUCCAUUCUUCAGUGUGAUCAGCAAUCAGCAAAAUUGGAUCAGGUUGAUGAAUUUCCAUCUGUUUCUGUCAACGAUAGUAGUGAAAAUGAUGUUAUGCUUUCGCCCUUUGUUAAAAAUGAAAUUAAAGAAGAACCAUUUAAUAUGUUUAAGAGUCAGUCGAUAGAGAUGAUGGAUUCGUCUCAAGUUGGUGAAAUUCAGCCUUUUAUAACUAAGGGUAGAAAAAGAAAAACUGCAGAUAUAAACGAAUCACGUCGAAAAGGUGAAAUUCGUCCGAAAGGAAGACCUGCAAAAAGGAGAAGAUCAAAUCAAAGGCAUGGUGAAAGUGAUAUGUCGCUUGUCAAUAGUGAAGAUAUUUUGGAAAGCAAUAUAGAAGUUCAAUCAAGUCCUAAUUCGGAUUCUACAAAUAGUUUCAAGAUUUCUGAAACAAAAACUCGUCGCGAAACCUUGCGAAGUUCAGGGAAUCAGGAGAAAGGAAAGGUACGAACGCUUCGUGGCAAAGAUGACAAAGAAUCAUCAACAAAAUCUCAGGAUAAGCGUAGGAUCUCGGAUAGAAGUAAUGCUAGUAAAUCAUCCAGCAAAAGUGAUGCGCGAAAUACGCAGACGCAUAACCGCAAAUAUUCUAAAAAGAGCGAAGCUGACGAAAUUGCUUUGGAGCAAAAGGCUUUAAUGAUUACAGCUUGGCGUAUGAUAUCAAGCCAUCGUCACGCAGCAAUUUUUGCUCAUCCUGUAUCUGAUCGAGACGCUCGUGGUUAUUCUAUCGCAGUUAAAAGCCGGAUGGAUUUGGGUACCUUAAAAAAACAAUUAGAUACUGGUGAUGUACACGAUAUGCUCGAAUUUAAACGUAGAAUUCUAUUAAUGUUUGCCAAUGCUGUCAUGUUCAACAGUACUGGUCAUGAUGUUAAUAUUUACUCCAAGGAAAUGGCAAAUGAUUCCAUUAAAUCACUGAAAAGACUAGCUAAAGAUGUCUUGUAUGUAAAAGGUGGUGCUCAUAUAACGCGUCGAAGUGCAGCAUUUGCCGCGGAAGAGGCUUUAUUGGAACGGCGAAAAUUUGUUGGUCCGCGGACCUCAAACGUUGGAAGUGUUGAUGAUGACUACAUUCGUGAUAAAGAAGCGGAUGAUAGUAUUCGCAGCGAUGAUUCAAAUAUAUUAAAAACAUCAGCUGCAAAAUCGAUGAAAAAAUUAAAUGACGUUUGA